AAUUCCUCAGUGUGGCACCACGGGAGAUUGAGUGUAACUCUCUAAAAAACAGACUUGUUUCCCCUUUAAAUUUGAGCGAUUCAGUCUCUUUAAUAAGUAGAAGUGAAAACAGAAGUGCGAGUUCUGGAGAGGCCCAACCAAACAACAAGUGGCCACUGAUUCUCGGGUUCCUCAAAGCAGCCCUUGGCUAUACACGACGUCCCUCUAGCUAUAUCAUACGAACAGAACCUUGCAGCCAGCAAAGCCUCAGAUAUUAUUGCUCGAUCGUCAUCCGUUAUGAAAGGCCUGAGGAUCGCUGCCUGCUUCUCCUUCGUCAGCCUCUCGCUGCUCAUGAUUGCCCUGACUUCAGACUACUGGAUAGUGGCUUCAGACGGACGUGCAUACGGAGGAUUAUGGCAGGAGUGUGAGGAUGCCCUAUGUGUAUCAUAUGGGGUGGAUGUGCCAGGUUAUAUCCAAGUCACCCGAGACUUCCUGUUACUUGGGAUGGUGGCCGGCACUGUUUCCUUCUUUGGUUUUUGUGCUUCCUUUUUCCAAACCCACAUUGGCUCCUUUUCCACAAAGCGUCUUGCUGUGUGGGCCUGCUUUGCGGCAGGUGUUUGCUCUAUGAUUGCCAUGUUUGCAUACACAGGAGUGUACAAUGAUCAAAUCGUAGUCUAUGGGACAUGGUUUGGAUGGUCCUUUGGGAUUGGCUGGGCCUCAUUCAUUCUGUUUCUUAUAACUGGUGGCCUUGCUUACAAGACAGUCGGUAGUACUGCAUAGAGAUGAACUGGAACUUUGGGAUGGUGUCUGGUUCUCACUGGCUAGUGCAGAGUUCAGAUCCAGGGAACUCCUUCUGGAAGAAAUGAGAAAGGCAGCUCCCUUACUUUUUUAAGGAAAGAAAAAAAAGAACGUCUCCCCUGCAAGCUGCCUGCUUUUGUGUGGAGAAAUUAUUUUUGAUAGCCAAUAUUGUUCUUUCAAUGCCCAGAUUUUCGAAUUUUCUCUGUCCGAUAUGUUUACUUUUAAAAAAAAUAAAUGAAUGCCUAAUUAUUUUGCAA